CAGGGGUUACAGGGGUUACAGGAAUUACAGGGGUUGCUGCAGUUAUGGGGAUAGAGGUGGUUUCGAAGGAGUGUAGAAGUGUGAGAGGGAGUCUAGACCUAUCCGACGAGGCGAAACGGCAGCAGCAGAAAGAGCAAGGGGAGAAGAAGAAGGAGCAGCAAAAUCAGCCGCAGCAGCAGCACCAGCACCAGCAGCAGGAGGCAGCAUUGGUCCCAAAGUACAUCCUCCGGGGGGUCAGGGCCACGAAACAAACCGCCAAGCCCCCUGCGCCCCACCCAGGGAUGGUCGGCUCUCCCCCACCUCCUGCACCCACCCCUGCUCCAACCACCCCUCUUCCUACCACCCCCACUCCACCCACCACCUCUCCUCCACCCGCCCCCGUCGCCCCGCUCCCCCCCUGCUCUGUGUGCAAAUCCCCGGAGGACGCCACCUCUCUCCUGUGCGACGCAUGCGAUGCCUGCUACCACCUGCGGUGCCUCAAUCCCCCAGCAGAGGAGCCGCCAGCAGGGGACGAGUGGCUGUGCGAAGCAUGUAUGGAGGAGCAGUGGGAGCGCGGGAAUGCAGUGGUAUUUGAAGACGAGGAGUUAUGGGAGAGACGGCAAAUGUGGUUGCUGAGGGGUGACUGGCUGGCAGCGCAAGGGCAUAUCCGAGUGGGACCCAUGUUCCAGGCUAUUGUGGGGGAGUGGAUGGGACCUCUGGUGAAGAAGGAAGAAGAAGAAGGAGGACGAGAGGAUGAACGCCUCGAGAGGCCUCUAUUUGGGCAGGAGAGGGCGCUGAGCGCAGGGGAGAAGGAGGCGGAGCUUGAAUCCAUGAAGCAGAGGCUGGCAGAGAGCAAGUGGCCGCUGGACUGGCAGCCGGUGCGCAACCUGCCAGCGUCAGCAGAGGAGCGGUGGGAGCAGUGCGAGGGCAUUCUGUUCUACGAGGGCGAUGUGCGGGCCGAUGGGAAGAUCGCUCGCAAGGACAUGGAGUGCGGCAAGUGGCGGAGGGUGCCGAGUGGCUUUGAGGUGGAGGACAAAUUCGAGUGCUCCUGUGCGCUCACCUUCGACCCGCACCACGCCGACUGCAUGGUGCCGCAGGAGCUACCCAAGAGGGACUUGGAGAGGCGGCUCAAGAUGAUAUCCGAGCUCAAGGCACAGAAACAGCAGCAGGGGUCGGAGAUGGGGGAGUGGAAGGAGCGCAUGGGCGAGCUUAGGGCGUUCAGGGCGCAGCAGGGGCACUGCCACGUGCCCCCCAGGAGUGCGCUGGGCGUGUGGCUGCAGAAGCAGAGGACGCUGCUGCGCCGCAACCGACUGUCGGCCGUGCAACGGGAGGAGCUGCAGCAGCUGAACGUGACCAUCAACCUGGAGGACGCGCGGUGGGAGGAGAACUUCGCUGCUCUCAUUGACUUCAAGCGCGACUACGGCCACCUGGACGUCGCCGCACCCCACCCGCUCACUAAGCCGUCCACUGCUGGUGCUGCUGCGGCUGCCACUGCUGCCACUGCCACUACUCCUGCUGGUGCAAGUGCUCGUGCUGCUGUUGGAGCAGGGGGGGCAGCAGCAGCAGCAACAGUAGGAGCUGGCGGUAACGGCGGCAGCAGCGGCAGCGGCAGCGGCAUUCCCAACAGCAGCCAGGCGCAGUCGGGAGGGAGAUUGAGGCGAGCGCAGGACUUAGCGCGGCUGAACCAGUGGGUGAAGGCACAGAAGGUCAUGGCUCAGCAGCCAUUCAAAGGGAAGAAGGCGCUGCAGCGGAUCUGCCGACUGCUGGAGAUUGGAUUCGUUUUCUCUGAGGGCGAUUCGUCCUCCUAGGGACAGACUAGGGAGGGGUGCCAUGCCGUGCCGUGUCGCUGACACGUACGAGUACCGGGCGGUGUUUUCGAACUAGUUCGGAUCACUCGUAGCUGAAGGUGUGGGGUGGGCCCUAUCUCAGCUAAAGAUUGUUGGGCCUCGUGAUGGAUUGUGGGUGAUUUGUUUCAGUCAUUGGGUUUUCGUCCAACCACAAGCUUGACAUGCUAGGCUUACUUUGGCAGAACAUCGCAUCCUAUGGUACUUGGCAUGUUGCAUUCAAUUCCCCAAGGGUAGUAUUUAAUUGCAGUACG